UCCAGAGUCCCGUCUUCCCCGCUACACGAGCCCCCCGCGUCCUCGCGCCAAAACCAAAACCCUAGCCCACCCCCACCAAUGGCGGAGACCGACGCUAGCGCCAGGACAAGCGAGCCCGCGCAAGCGACAGCGCCGGUCACGGCUACGGAAACGGCGGCUGGGACCGUGCCGACGCCGAUGGCGGAGGAGGGGGCGGUGCCUCCACCCGGUCUCGAUUAUAAGAGGAAGCUUGGUGAGACAGAAGGGGAGGAGGCGAUGCUGCCGAUGGACGCGGAGCAGGGUGGCGGCGGCGCCGAGGAUCGGGCUGGGGUGGGAUGAGAAGGGGGGGAGGAGACGGCGGAGACAGGGUCCAGGCGGCCGCGCGGCGACGGCGAGGGCAACGGGUCAGGUAUUACUCAAAUUGAAGUGCAUGAACCUGAAACAUCAGAAUCGGUGAAUGGGGAUGCUCCUUUCAAUGAAAGCAUGCUGUGUAGCUCUGAGGUAAACAUUCCAAAAGAAUGUUCAGAACAUCGUCAAGAGGACAAUGUACCCUCACCAGAACAGCAGAGUGCUGUAGGGCUUACCCAAGAAGUGACGCGAAAAAUUGAAAUUACUCAAAGCAAGGUUGAUGUAGGUGAUUCAUGUACACCCGCUGCUAGAAGUUUUGGGACUCCGCGAUCUGGUGCUGAGCAAGCGGACAUCCAUGUCCCAAAUGAGAAGGCUGGGUUGGUCAUUGGGGAGGGAGGUGAGACCAUUAAGGCUCUAAAAACUAAGUCUGGGUCCGACAUUCAGUUAAUCCCGCAACAUCUCCCAGAAGGUGAUCUUUCCACAGAAAGAAAAAUACGACUUACUGGGAAUUGGAAUCAAAUAGAGAUUGCAAGAACAAUGGUCCUAGAACUCAUCAGUCAGUCUCCUGGAUCAAGUUUACAAACUGAGCCUAGUAGAGCGCCUCAAUGUGUUGUGGACAAUGGCUAUGACUGCCCGGGAGAUAUGUAUUAUCAGAACCCACAAUAUCAUCUUGAUGGUGGUACAGGUCAGGCACCUUAUCAGGGUGGUUGUUAUGACUAUUAUGCCUCUUACAACAUAUACUCAGCUAGAGGUCCUCCCAGUGGCGUUCAAGCUCCAAUGUACGACUCAGCUAGAGGUCCUAGUGGUGCUCAAGCUCCAAUACACUACCGCAACUGGAGUCCUCAAGUACCUGUUGGUUAUACUAGCAGUUACCAACACUCUGCCCCGGGCCAACUUACAUAUGCGCAAGGGUAUGAUAAUGGGCAGUGCCACGGGCAGCAGUCGAUGAAUUUUCAGCCAGUGUACCAGUCUUACCCUCCACAGCAAGAUCCCUAUGGAAAGUCUGCUUUUGGUGGAGCUCAGCUGCAAGGCUACGACAUUCCUAUGCCAGGCACAAACUACCAUGGACCAACUCCAGCCCAGCAGCCAUAUGCAUUACAGAGCUCAACCGUGCCACCUCAACCAGGACUUGGUUAUGGUCAGUCCUAUGGUGCAACUGCUGGUGCUAUUCAUGGGUACGUUCAAUCUUCAAGUGGUUGUCAGCAGCCAGCGAGCCAGGCCACUUCGGCCUACCCCCAGCAAGUAAUGCAGCCCGACGUAUAUGGGCAGUAUCCAUCGACUCAGCCGGGUUACACUGAUCAGGCGAUUGCUAACAAUGCAAACUAUCAUCAGCAGCCAGCGAGUCAUGUCGCUUUGGCCUACCCACAGCAAGGAAUGCUGCCCGGUGUCUAUUGGCAGUAUCCAUCGACUCAGCCUGUGUAUACCAAUCACGCAGUUGCUAACAAUGAAAACUAUCAGCAGCUAGCAUGCCAUGCUGCUGCGGCCUACCCACAGCAAGGGUCGCAGCCCGGAGUUUAUGGGCAGCAUCCGUUGUACACUGGCCAGGCGGGCGCUAACAAUCCAGGGAAUGCAGCAGGGUCCGUCGACCCAGCCGGGGUACACUGAUCAAGACGGGUGCAACGGGGGCUCAGCUGAAGCUACUGCAAAUGUCAGCUAGCCUGCGGCAGGACAUGAUUCAGUUCCAGAAGGCGAUGCUGUUUACCAGGCACAGGGAGGAAAUGCACAGCCUCAUGAAACUGGCGAUGAGCAGCCUGAUGCAUCUUCCACCUCGCAGGCCAGUUGAGUUAGCUAGAUAAGACUCUGAUUAGCUCAAUAGGGUUUUUGGCACAGGAGGAAAUGUUUUUCCGAAGGAGAAACAAGUUGGGUCAUCUGAAUUUUGGUCGUGGUGUAUUGACUGGAUGAUCUGUUUAGCGUCAGUCUUGUAACGUUUUUGCAGU